GCUCUGAAUUAAGUCACAUCCGCUUUCAGUCUCGAACAACCGCCACCAAAAUGGCGAAGAUCGCCAAAACGCACGAAGAUAUCGAGGCCCAGAUCCUGGAGUUCCAGGAGAUGAAGGCCUCCCUGCUGGAGGAUGGAGAGCAGGGAGUGGGCCUGAUCUCCACUGGCGUUUUUGACCCAGAGAUCUAUGAAGGCAGCGACAGUCGCUUUGCAGGAUACGUUACUUCCAUUGCUGCCAAUGAGCAAGAGGAGCUGGCUGUGUUUGUGCUUGCUGUGUGUGGAAUAACUUGGGGUUGUGGAGCGUACGCUGAUGAGUAUCCUAUGUUCUUGUUCAUGCUCUUUCGCGCAGGGGGCAAAACACCGGAUCCCAAGCUGCAGGUUAGGUCGUAUGUGGACGUCAUGUUGGAGCAGAACCUGUCCAAAGAGGAGAGAGAGAUUCGUCAGCAGCUGGCAGAGAAGGCCAAAUCAGGGGACCUGAAAGCUGUUAAUGGGUCUGCUGCUGCCCAAGCUGUCCCUAAACGUAAGCGUCGCUGGGACCAGACAGCUGACCAAACCCCCUCCAAUGCUACACCCAAAAAGAUGUCCAGCUGGGACCAAGCUGAUGCCAGUGCUGAAACUCCUGGACAUACCCCUGCGCACACACCUUCAAACAGCCGAUGGGAUGAAACCCCCGGCCGCCCUAAAGGCAGUGAAACCCCAGGGGCCACUCCCAGUUCCCGAAUGUGGGACCCGACUCCUAGCCACACACCUGCCGGUGCUGCCACACCAGGGAGAGACACGCCUGGCCAUGCCACACCUGGUCACGGGGGAGCCACAGGAAGCGUUCGCAAAAACCGCUGGGACGAGACUCCAAAGACUGAGAGGGAGACCCCAGGACAUGGGAGCGGCUGGGCUGAGACUCCAAGAACAGAUAGAGGGGAAGAGUCAGUGGGUGAAACUCCGACUCCAGGAGCCAGUAAGAGGAAGUCUCGGUGGGAUGAAACCCCUGCCAGCCAGAUGGGCUCCUCAACACCACUUUUUACCCCAGGAAAAACUCCCAUAGGCACACCAGCUAUGGAAUUGCAAACCCCAACUACAGCACACAUGACUCCAGAGCAGCUGCAGGCAUGGAGGUGGGAGAGAGAAAUUGAUGAGAGGAACCGACCUCUAACAGACGAGGAGCUGGAUGCCAUGUUCCCAGAGGGAUACAAGGUGUUGCCUCCUCCUGCAGGCUACGUGCCUAUCCGUACCCCGGCCCGUAAGCUGGCAGCCACGCCCACACCUAUUGGAGGCAUGACGGGCUUCCAUAUGCAGGCAGAGGAUCGCACCACAAAACAGAUGAACGACCAGCCCUCAGGAAAUCUCCCUUUCCUCAAACCUGAUGACAUCCAGUACUUUGACAAACUGCUGGUGGAGGUGGAUGAGUCCACUCUGAGCCCCGAGGAGCAGAAAGAAAGGAAGAUUAUGAAGCUGCUGCUGAAGAUUAAAAAUGGAACUCCUCCCAUGAGAAAGGCUGCUCUGCGUCAGAUCACAGAUAAGGCUCGUGAAUUCGGAGCAGGUCCCCUGUUCAACCAGAUCCUGCCCCUGCUCAUGUCCCCCACCCUGGAGGAUCAGGAGCGCCAUCUUUUGGUUAAAGUCAUUGACCGCAUUCUCUACAAACUGGAUGACCUGGUCCGACCAUAUGUUCACAAGAUUCUGGUGGUUAUUGAGCCGCUGCUCAUCGAUGAAGACUAUUAUGCCAGAGUGGAAGGCAGAGAGAUCAUCUCUAACUUGGCAAAGGCUGCUGGUUUAGCUACUAUGAUCUCCACGAUGCGACCUGAUAUUGACAACAUGGACGAGUACGUCAGAAACACCACCGCCCGAGCCUUUGCUGUUGUAGCCUCCGCCCUCGGGAUCCCCUCUCUCCUCCCUUUCCUGAAAGCUGUAUGUAAAAGCAAGAAGUCCUGGCAGGCUCGGCACACAGGCAUCAAGAUUGUGCAGCAAAUCGCCAUCCUCAUGGGCUGCGCCAUUCUGCCUCACCUUCGCAGUUUGGUCGAGAUUAUUGAACAUGGGCUUGUGGACGAGCAGCAGAAGGUGAGGACCAUCAGUGCCCUGGCUAUAGCUGCCCUGGCUGAAGCUGCCACACCAUACGGUAUCGAGUCCUUUGACUCUGUGCUGAAGCCACUGUGGAAAGGCAUCAGGCAACACAGAGGAAAGGGUCUGGCUGCUUUCCUCAAAGCUAUUGGUUACCUCAUCCCACUGAUGGAUGCUGAGUAUGCAAACUACUACACCAGAGAGGUGAUGCUGAUCCUCAUCAGAGAGUUUCAGUCCCCUGACGAGGAGAUGAAAAAGAUUGUGCUCAAGGUAGUGAAGCAGUGCUGUGGCACAGAUGGUGUCGAGGCCAACUACAUCAAGACUGAAAUCCUGCCCCCCUUCUUCAAGCAUUUCUGGCAGCACAGGAUGGCUCUGGACAGACGCAACUACAGACAGCUGGUGGACACCACAGUGGAGUUGGCUAACAAAGUGGGAGCAGCAGAGAUCAUCUCACGUAUCGUUGAUGACCUAAAAGACGAGGCAGAACAGUACAGGAAGAUGGUGAUGGAGACCAUUGAAAAAAUCAUGGGCAACUUGGGCGCAGCUGACAUCGACCACAAGCUGGAGGAGCAGCUGAUCGACGGUAUUCUGUAUGCCUUCCAGGAACAGACGACAGAGGAUUCUGUCAUGCUGAAUGGUUUCGGUACAGUGGUGAAUGCUCUUGGGAAGCGCGUGAAACCCUACCUGCCACAGAUCUGCGGUACGGUACUGUGGCGUCUCAACAACAAGUCGGCCAAGGUCCGUCAGCAAGCUGCUGACCUGAUCUCCCGCACGGCCGUGGUCAUGAAGACGUGCCAGGAGGAGAAGCUAAUGGGUCAUUUGGGAGUCGUGCUGUACGAGUAUCUGGGAGAGGAGUACCCUGAGGUGCUGGGCAGCAUUCUUGGAGCGCUGAAGGCCAUUGUGAACGUUAUUGGCAUGCACAAGAUGACCCCACCAAUCAAAGACCUGCUUCCUCGUUUGACUCCCAUCCUGAAGAACAGACAUGAGAAAGUCCAGGAGAAUUGCAUCGACCUGGUGGGCAGGAUCGCUGACAGGGGUGCUGAGUAUGUGUCUGCCAGGGAGUGGAUGAGGAUCUGCUUUGAGUUGCUGGAGUUGCUCAAGGCACACAAAAAGGCCAUCCGCAGAGCCACCGUCAACACGUUUGGUUAUAUCGCCAAAGCCAUCGGUCCUCAUGAUGUCUUGGCCACUCUUCUCAAUAACCUUAAAGUCCAGGAGCGACAGAACAGGGUCUGCACGACUGUGGCCAUCGCCAUCGUUGCUGAGACCUGUUCACCCUUCACGGUGCUGCCGGCCCUAAUGAACGAAUACCGCGUGCCUGAGCUCAACGUGCAAAACGGUGUACUGAAGUCCCUCUCCUUCCUGUUCGAGUACAUUGGAGAGAUGGGCAAAGACUACAUCUAUGCCGUCACGCCGCUGCUGGAGGAUGCUCUUAUGGACAGAGACCUGGUCCAUAGACAGACAGCCAGCGCUGUGGUUCAGCACAUGUCCCUCGGUGUCUACGGUUUUGGCUGUGAGGACUCCCUCAACCACUUGUUGAACUACGUGUGGCCCAACGUAUUUGAGACGUCACCUCACGUCAUCCAGGCUGUGAUGGGCGCUUUGGAGGGGCUGAGGGUCGCUCUUGGGCCCUGCCGCAUGCUGCAGUACUGCUUACAGGGUCUGUUCCAUCCAGCCAGGAAAGUGAGGGACGUCUACUGGAAGAUCUACAACUCCAUCUACAUCGGCUCUCAGGACGCCCUGAUUGCUCACUACCCACAGGUCUACAACGAUGACAAAAAUGUCUACGUCCGCUAUGAGCUCGAAUACAGCUUGUAGAUAAAAUAAAAUAAAUAAUCCCCCUCCCCCCCCCAAAAAAAGAAUACAAAAAAAAUCACACACUCUCAUACACAUACUUUUCUCCAUCAUUUAUUUAGCAGCUGUGUUUGUCACAUUCAGCUUCUCCUGUUCACUCUGAACUGGACAUGAAAAGUAAUCUUGUAGAGUCUGUAUGUGUGGGGUUUUUGUUGUUGUGUUUCCCCCCCCUUUUUUUCUUCUUUUUUUAGUGUGCUGUAAGAAACAGCUGAAGUCAGACAAGCUAUGAUUUUUUUUUUUUUUUUUUUUUGAUUUUUUUUUUUUUUUUUUUUAUUAAAUGCAGAGCAGUCUUUACAAUGUUUUAAAUCUGGGUUUGUUUCUCUUUGUGUCUUGAUAAUUGAUAGGACUCAGUACCAGCCACACUUUUUCCAUGUUUCACACCACCUCUGUUCUUAUUAGAUCCAUGCUUUAUUUAACUGAAUAAAAUGUUUGUGUAUAAAAAUCA